AAAUUAUUUAAUCAGUUUGAUUUUUUUCUUGGCGGUGAACGCGCGCGGUUUUAGCGUGCUUGCUUCUAGCUAAUUUAGUGCGAUAUUAUAAAUUUAGUGAAUAUAGAGUUUUUAGUGUAAUCACGCAGAAGCGAUGGCAUCUCACAAAUUAUUUUUAGUGUGUUUACUCUUGGCUGCAGUAGUGGCAGGUUACACGCAGCUACCGAAUGAAAUUUAUAUAGAAACAGUAGCGUAUGGAGCACCACAUGAAACAGUUAAGACAAUGGCGCCGGAAGAUGUUCCGAAAUCGCGUACAAAGCGCGGCAUAUUUUGGGACUUUUUUCAGAAAAUGGUGACGACUAAAAAUUUACUUGUUGAUCAAUAUGUUGACACCAGAGACACACUUAGCGACGUCUACAAUUUACUGAAUGAAGGAUUCAGCGAUCCAGCGCCGCCAAAAGCGACUAUAAGGCCACCUACAAGUACAAUGAAAACAAGCGAUGAGGAUCAGUCGGGCAGCGCGGAAAUGUCCACCACAACCGAGGCUUACCGAGUGUCACGCUAUGAAUUGGGACGCAUUUUGGGGCGCAACUUCCGCGGUUUGCAGCGUUUGACCAAAAUCGAGUUCCAGGAUGCAUUUAAUCAAUCGCACUACAACAUACAGGAGUAUAAAGAGGAAGCGCGCAAACAAUUCGCAAAUAGUGUUGGUGUGGAGAAGGUGAACAAAAUUAAAGGCUUGAAAGCGGCUAUCGCUGGCUGAGAUGAAGCUUACAAUGAGUAUGUGUACAUAUUUCAUGCCGUAGGAAAAACUUUAAAUAAGUAUGCAUUUAAGUCUCAGAAGCUGCUGUAUGUUCAAAUAUAUAUGUAAAUACUGCAUGUAUUUAUUCUUUUUUAGAAUAUUAUGCUAAAUUUUAGAGAAUAUCAUAGUUUUAAAUCAGCUACCGGCAAACUUGUGGAAUGUAUAGAAUGUGUUCUACAUUUUUAUUUGCCUAUUUUAAUGAAAACUAUGCAGUCGAUAAGAAUUUUUUAUAUUUUAGGCG